AAACGCCAGCGCCAGCCAUGUCCUGCUACAGCUCGUGCCAGCCCUGCGGCCCGACCCCGCUGGCCAACAGCUGCACUGAGCCCUGUGUCAGGCAGUGCCAGAGCUCCAACGUGGUCAUCGAGCCUCCUGCUGUGGUGCUGACCCUGCCCGGCCCCAUCCUCAGCUCCUUCCCUCAGAACACCGUUGUGGGCUCCUCCACCUCCGCCGCCGCUGGCAGCAUCCUCAGCAGCCAGGGAGUGCCCAUCUCCUCCGGGGGCUUUGACCUCUCCAGCAUCACCAGCCGCUACUGUGGCAGGAGAUCCUCCCCCUGCUAAAGCCGCUGCUGCCAGCCCGGACGAGGACCUCCAGGAAUCCAGCCGAGAUGCUGGACUGAGGACACAGCUCACGGCCAUCGCUUUGGCAGAGGCUGAGCAGCCAGGGCUGCCCUUGCACAGGAGGGCACCUGGGGCUCUCUGAAACCAGGGCCAACGUCUCGCUUCCCUGCCUUAUUCUCUCUCCCAUCUCCUGUCUCCUGUUCUGCUGGGCUGUGGGAGCCCCCGAGCCAAGCUGGGGCAUCAGCUGGCCCCCGUCCCUGCGUGGGGCAGGCAGCUGGAUGCCCUGUGGGAUCUCCCCUGUGGGU